CUCUACUUUAUAACAGCUGUGCGCUACAGGGAAAAAAGGAAUCAGCAGCAGAAGCACUAAACCGAACAGAGAGUUUUGAGUUCAACCUGAAUAAAAAGAGCAGUUUCAGGCAGAUCUGCUGAACGGACUGUAGGUUUCUGAUUUAUUCUGUAUUUUAGGAAGCUGCUUUAUUUUUUUUUUUUUUCAUUUCCUUUUUUUUAUAAAUUGAAAAAUAGAAAUAGAGCAGAUCUGUGGUGUUUUGGAGGAAGGACAGGUUAUGGAUUUACGGCUGCUGAAGGAGAUGCUGGAGUGUGUGAGCAGUCUGAACGGCUCGGCGCUGAACGGGACCGACAGCAUUAACUCCACCUGUGGCCACGAUACACUGCUGCCCAAAGCCCCGGACCCCAAACCCAAAGAAAUGGAUUCAGUGAGGAUACUGCUGUACUCGCUCAUCUUCCUGCUCAGUGUCUUCGGUAACCUGCUCAUCAUUGUGGUUCUGCUGGUGAAUAAGCGGAUGCGGACGGUCACUAACUCCUUCCUCCUCUCGCUGGCUGUGAGUGAUCUGAUGAUGGCUGUGUUCUGCAUGCCCUUCACCUUCAUCCCGAACCUUCUAGAGGACUUCAUCUUUGGAGCUGCCAUGUGUAAGAUCGUGGCCUAUCUGAUGGGAAUCUCCGUCAGCAUCUCCACCUUCAGCCUCAUGGCCAUAGCGAUCGAGCGCUACAGCGCUAUCUGUAAUCCUCUGAAGUCCCGGGCCUGGCAGACCCGCUCGCACGCCUACAAGGUCAUCGCUGUGACCUGGGUCGCCUCCUUCCUCAUCAUGACGCCGUAUCCAAUCGUCUCCACACUGGUUAACUACACCAAACCCAACAACACCAUCACAAGACACAUGUGCCGCCACGACUGGCCCAAGGACCAGGUGCAGCAGGCUUGGUGCAUCCUGCUGCUUUUCGUUCUGUUCUUCAUACCCGGAGUGGUGAUGAUCACAGCCUAUGGGCUUAUAUCUCGGGAGCUUUAUCGCGGAAUACAGUUUGAGCUGGAGCAGAAGAAGGGGCAGUGCGGAAUAAAGAAUGGUGCCAGUACUCCGGUCUCCACUGGGAAUGAUGACGGAGAUGGCUGCUAUAUUCAGGUAUCAAAGCGACCCAACUCCAUGGAGAUGUCCACCCUCACCCUUACCAGCUCUGCCAAGGUGGACCGUCCCCGGAGCAACACCUCCGAGACCAAACUGAUGGCCAAGAAGCGCGUGAUCCGCAUGCUGAUUGUGAUCGUAACCAUGUUCUUCAUCUGCUGGAUGCCGCUGUAUUCGGCCAAUACCUGGAGAGCCUUCCAUCCGGCCUCAGCUCAUCGGCUUCUCUCCGGAGCCCCCAUCUCCUUCAUCCACCUGCUCUCCUACACCUCCGCCUGCGUCAACCCCAUCAUCUACUGCUUCAUGAACAAGCGCUUCCGCAAGGCGCUGCUGACCACCUUCUCCUGCUGCUGCCGGCCAUGCCGCUCUCGAGGCUUCAGAGAGGGAGACGAUGAUGUCACUGCCACCGGAGCGUCCGUGUCUAAGUUCACCUACACCACCAUCAGCACCAUGGGACCAUGCUGACUGCCAGGUUAGCUGGGUUAGCUGAGUUAGCUGGGUCAUGCUUCACCAUGCUUCAGCAGUAGAAUGCAGGUGGGAGGUUCAGAGAAUGGCCUGGAUUCAUUGGAGAACUUGUUCAAGGAAACUCUGGCCUCAAGCUUGACUCUGCUGUGAGUGAUAUGUUACAGUUAUGUUAGCAGCAACAACAGUAUCAGCAUGCUAUCAUCUUAUCAUUCAGUAUUUGGUCAUUUGUGAUUGUAUAUAUUGUUGCAUAUGCACGGUAUAUAUUCUUGUAUGUAUUUUGAUAUCUGCCGUAACUCUCUGGUGUGUAUUUUAAGUGCCUGCUUAGGACUGUGUUGCUGAUAUUUAUUUUCAGUUUUUAAUGUGUUCACUGGGCUUAAUAAUUAGUUGGUGGUAGGAUGUGGCAGGCAAGAUUCAUGGGUUAUGGAUUAAAAAAUAGCUCUCAAGUUAGGUCAGCGAGUCAGGGAGUCAGUGGCUUGUUCAUUAGGAAUGAGUCGAAAAGGUUUUGGAAUUCUAGUCCAAAUUCUCUAGGAUAUACUGAGUCUCUUGCUAGGGUGCAAGUAAAAUUUGAGGAUUGAGUCUAUGGGUUCUAGACUGGGAUCUGGGAUCCAGAUCCAGUCUCUGGGAUUUGAGUAAAA